CUCGCCAGAUAGACCGCGGAUGCACAGGGAGCAAGGAGCGCUCGUAACCUUUGCUCGACAUCGUUUAGCCAGAGGCCUUUCACCUCAGUUGCACGUGCAUUUGCAGUUGAUCGCAUUGCAUCCUCAAGGCGAAGCAAGAACUCGAGAGUGACACCUGUUUCGAGAGCAAGCUCAGCUGUGCUUUUACGUGGUUGUGAGCAAAUCUUGUGCUGUGAUUCGAGUGCGCCGCCUGGAGGCCGGAUGUCCCUUCGGCUGCGACCUGAAGGUGUGCGAGCACUUGGUGUCGUUGCGCCGUCGAGGAUGACCAAGAUGGAGCGCGACGAGUGAGUGUGACAUUGCAGCUUCUCCCAACUUCUCGCCAAGCCCCAGGUUCCCGCACCACCACCUGUCAAGAUCGCUGCCAUGCAGCUCGACCAGAUCCUCAGCGCCGCCGUGGCCGCCGUCAACGUGGAGGAGGUGGAGCAGCUUCCUUCGCCGGACAUCCCGCAGAACUCCCCGACGCCCCCCGCCUCGGCGCGCGACCACAGGGUGCUGCACUACCUUCCCGGACAUGGCCUCGCCUCCACCACCUUCGAAGGGGCGCCGCUGGAGGCCCAGACCGAGGUCGAAGGGCUCUGCCACUACCCGCCGGAGGUGCCACCGCAGGAGCUGACGCACGUAGGCCGCGGGCACUCGACUCCUGUGUGCGCGAGCGUGGCCGAUUCGCAGCAGCUGAUUGACCUGGACACGAAGGAGGCCAUGCAAGUGUACCACGAGGUGCUGCAGGAUGCGCAGCCUCCUCCUGACGGGGAUCUUGGUGACAUGAACUUCUUCGCGCUGGAUGACAACUUGGUAAUCACGUCCCAGCAGGCGCUCGAGAUGUUCGAGUCACCUCCCGCCGUGGACUACGGCGCCACCUACCACGUCCUGACCGCGUCCGAGAACCCGCCGCAGGUCAACACGCCGCCGAUGGAGGUGGGCGGGACCGUGUGCCCCGAGGGGCCGACGCCCAGCGAGAUUCUGGCACAAGAGGAGAUCCCCAUCCAAGAGGAAGUGUUGUUGCAGGGCGUGGGGCCGGCCCCGACGGACGUCCCCACGCCGUCGGCCGAGAUCGAGGUCCUGACGACCCCCGACGUGCCCCAGUAUACCCCGCUAGCACCCGCCAGUGCCGCCCCCGAUGGCGCCAUUGACCUCCUCGCCCCCGAUGCCCUACAGUGUCUGCCGGGAACGGCGCUGGACGCCACCGUGGACGCGGAGGGGCGCUUCGUGGUGCAGGUGACGGCGCCGGGCAUCAACAUGACGGUGCCCAACAGGUACGUGAGCAACGAGGACAUCGUGGUGCAGCUGCCGUGCGUGGCCUCGACGCCCCAAGACGCGCCCUCCAGCACGGGCUCGUACACGACGCACGGGGAGAGCCCCUCGGCAUACCCGGUGCCCGCGCUCGAGCGCCGCGAGCCCCAGAGCCAGCCGGUAAACGGCGCCAAGGGCGGCGGCCAGCGUGAGAGGGCGGGCAAGGGCGGCGGCGCGUCCCCUCCGGCGGCGCGGGAGCCCGUCAGGAAUCGCUCGGACGUCCUGACGGCGCUCAGGGAGUCCAUCUUCCGCUCAAGAGCCAAGAAGCGAGGAAGAUGCCCCGAGGGCGGCGCCGACAAGGCUCCGAAACGCCGGUCCGCGACGCCAAGGGCCGAGGACGGCCAUGGCGCCAGAGCCUCCGACGGGGGACACGACGAGCGGCACGAGGGCGGCCGCUACGGCACCGACGGCCCUUCGCAUUACGCAUACGAGGCGUCCAAGAGGACGACCCACACGGCCGCCCCCGUUGCUGCUCCUUGCAGUUACGACGCGACCGCCGACGACGCUUCUCGGAGGAGCCACGCUCGCCAGCUCGCGGGCCAUGGGUCUGCCACGCACCAACAUCACUACAACAACAACAACAGCAAUAACAAUAACAACAAUAACAACAACAAUAACAACAACAACAACAACAACAACAGAAGCAGCAGCAGUGACAGCAACGGUGGGAUGAUGGUGCUGCGUCCCGAGGAGCUGCUGGCGGCGCUGCAGCGCGGAGGGCCGGGCCCGUCGUCGCCGCUGGUGGUGAUGCGGCCCGAGGACCUCCACGCAGGGUCGCCGGACGCGGGGGACCCUCUGCAGGUGCAGCUCGUGUACCUCGUGUACCCGAUGGAGGGCGCAGGAUCUGGAACGCGACCAGUCCCCGCCGAGAUGGCUCCACACAAGGCUUUCCCCAGAGAUGGACAAGAACCUCCAUCAGCCACUAACAAGCAAGUUCCCUGGUUACCCAGAGAACGACACCAUGAGAACCACUCGACCACUUUAACCCCACUUAGAAGUUCAUUUGAAAAAAACAAUCAGCAAGAAAAACCCAUUGCUGAGUGGACGUACGAGGAUGUCGUCUUCUUCAUCUUCAAAGCCCAGGAAGACCUAAACCUGGACAGCAAGAACCUCGAUGUCAACUUCUCCGAGUUGAGCGGCUCGACGGGGAAAGAUCUCUUGAACAUGGAUAUGGAAGGAUUUAAGAGAUUUUCAAAGGGUUAUGGAGAGCAAUACUAUAGAUACUUCAUUGAAAUGAGAGAUGAGGAGAGGAGAUUAGAGUUGCAGAGACAUGAAGAGAUGCAGAGAAGAGAGGAAUUGAGAAGGCAAGAGGAGGAGAGAAGACAGUCUAUUGUUUCCUCCCACCAAAUGCUCUACAAGUCCCACCUCUUCUCCCCAACCUCCUAUGAGUACUUAGUCAGCCCAAGUAGCCAAGGUCAGGCCACCCAUCUCCCAUCAGCCUCCCCUAGAGAAGUCGUCCCAACCAUGAUUGAGACGCAGGCCCGGUACGAGAUCCACUAUGAAGCCCCGAGGCCAAUGGCGAUGGAGAAUGGUCACAGGUCCGGAAUCUCCGACAGCCUUCCAACGGCUUCUUUGAAAACCUACCCGUUGUUCUCAUCUACCUCACCUUCCAAUCACUACCACUCAGUCGCAGAAAGCCUCUCAGAUCCUGACCACAGUGCAGCCGAAGAAGAAGAACCCAAGCCAGAAGUGCCAAAGAAGCGAGGUCCUGGGAGACCACGCAAGCCUGAAAAUGAAUUAAAGAAGAAGAAAAAGAAAACCGGUCGUCUGUGGGAGUUCAUUCGGAACCUCCUCCUCGAUCCCGAGACCUGCCCCUCCAUGGUUAAGUGGGAGAAUGCCGAGGAAGGGAUUUUCAGAUUCGUUCAAGCAGAAAAGGUUGCGCAGAAAUGGGGCGAGCGGAAACAGAAUAAGGACAUGAACUAUGAGAAAUUGAGUCGGGCAAUGAGGUAUUACUACAAAGGUGGUGUGUUUGAAGCCGUGCUUGGGAGAAGAUUAGUGUACAAAUUUGGAAAGAAUGCCAAGAACUGGAGACCUUCCAAUCCCAACUUCGCCAACCCCCCGCCAAUGUAGGUUGCCCCAACAGAGACAGAAUGGUGUGUUCACAAGUGAGUUACGACUGCGUGGUAAACCGAAGUGCCGUGAUGACUAUCGCCUGACGCCUCAAGGCACAGCUCGGGGGGGGGGGGGGAGUGGAGGCCUGAUCUCUGCUUCAGUAAUAGGAUGAAGAUUUGUUUGUCUUCCUCCUGAUAAAGCGGUGCUGCCACACACAGAAAAUCGUGUUGUUUUGAAAAGGUAACUUGUGAACAGACCUCAAGCUCACAAAUUCCUAAUGCCAAAGACUUUUGAGAGUAAGUGCUGAUUUUACAUGUAUAUAUCGUCUUUUAAGAGAGUUGAACUAUUUCUUUGUUUCAUUGUUGAUGUUGACAUGGCUGAUAAUUUAAAAACAAUAAAUCUAUUUUUACACAAGGAUGUCUUGACAAAAGGGAACAAGAAGCAUUUAUAUGUUAUCAUGUACAAUUCCAUAGACUGAGAGGCAAUUUCAGUGAACUUGAUGCAUUUACCAGAUCAUUUUCUUUCCUUUGUUUAAAUUCUACUCAAAGUAGAGUUGAGGAUCCCCAGUACUUUCAUUAUAGGAAGGGUGUUUAGUGUAGCUCAUCUUUUUGUAUAUAUUUAUACAUAUAUGUAUUUAAAGAAAACUAGUCAUGAAGCUAGAUAUUAAGUAUAUUUUCAGAGAUGAUAACACAGCACAUGAAUCCAUGAGUACAGUACGAGAACUUCAAUUACUGGUGUGAAGUGCCAAUUUGUACAUACUAUUUUCUAAGAGAAAGAAAGAAUCCUGAAUGCUUCUGCCAUCCCUCCUGUUAAAUAUUUUUCAUCUUCUAAAUCUUUCAUUUCACAAAUUAAGUGCCAGAAAUCUUGCAAUCAGUGCCUUGUCUGUGCAAUACUUUAAUUAAUAUAAAGAACCUGUGUAUAUUAUGUAAAUAAAAUAGAAAGUUAUGCCUACAGAUUAUACAAUGUGGAGUGAAAAACCUGUGAAACUUAUUUGUACAAAGCUUUUUACUCAACAUGGUUGUAGGUUCACAACCAUUACUGGUGCUCAUGUAUUGUCAUAUACUCAAAAAAUGCUCAAUAUUUAA